AUGCAGAAACGAAGACUCUGUGACAACUGCAAGUUGGUGACCGUCGAUAUCGACCGCUCCAAAAACUUCUUAAGUGGCUCCAACGUCGCAUCCAACAACUAUUCUCAUUCCAGCCAUUCUAACAUCCAUUUCACCCCUCUCAAUAUCCAGUCCGCACCCUUCAAUAUCCAGUCCACCCCUCUCAAUACCCAGUCCGCACCCUUCAAUAUCCAGUCCACCCCUCUCAUGCACGAUAACAACCGUCUUGAACGGCACGAUAACAACCGUCUUGAACGGCACGAUAACAACCGUCUUGAGCGGCACGAUAACAACCGUCUUGAGCAGCACGAUAACAUUUAUUCGGUAUUGCGUGAUAACAAUCGUCUAGAAGUGCACGAUAACAACCGCCUUGCAUUACAAAAUUAUCGUCUUGAUAACUGCGACAACAAUCGUCUUAGAAUGCUUGAUAACAGCUAUCUUGAAUUACGCGAAAACAGCCGCCUUACAAUGAUGAAUAACAGCUAUCUUGAAUUGCGUGAUAACAAUCGUCUUGAUAUGCAUGAUAACAACCGUCGUGAACUGAAUGAUAACAAUCAUCUUGAAGUGAAUGAUAACAAUCGUCUUGAACGGCGCGAUAACAACCGCCUUGAUCUGCUCGAUAACAACCGUCUUGAACCUGACGAUGAUCUUUAUCUUGGAAUACGCGAUAACAAGCGUCAGGAAAUGUACGAAAACAUGCGUCUUGGAGUGCAAAAUGACCGUUUUGAAGGUUUCGAUAACAAGCGCCUUACUUCUCUCAAUAAAUGUCGUCUUGAAAUGAGCGAUAACAGCCGUCUUGAAAUGUUUGAUUAUAACCGUUUUGAAAGUCACGAUAACAACCGUAUUGGAACGCAAGAUGACAAGCGGCUAGAGAUGCAUGAAAAUAACCGUCUUCAAGUGAACAAAAAUCGUUUUGAAAUUCCCAACAACAACUGCCCUGAAAAGAGCGAUAACAGCUGUCUUGCGAUGCACCGUGACAAUCGCCUUGAAGAACGCGAUAACAAUCUUCUUGAAAUGCGGGAUAACAACCAUCUUGUAACCGGCGCGAAUAACCUGUUAACAAUACCCACAAACAAUCCCGUGGGAAUGAUUCGCAAUAAUCGAGUUUCCGCUCAUAAUCUUCAGCAAACAAUCGAAUACAUUCGUACUGUUGACGGAGAAUCCGCCAGUGGCACCGCACAAACAUUCCUGAAUGAACGCCGACGUGAUGAAAGAGAACCGCACAACUUGAGUCAAACUCGCCUGAACUUGAGGCAGCUAAUUACACAUAACGAAUGUUCUCUCAACAACCGUAGCGGCGUUAUCCCUGGCAGACCUGAGUGUGAAGACAACUUAGACGAUGCUCAGGGACAAAACUUUUUCCUGAACUAUACAUUAUCUGAUGGCGUGCAACAGUUAGGUGGCUCACUAUCACAUGGGUUACAAUUAUCCAAUAGUCAUUUCCCACACACCCCAGAUUCAGAUCUCGUAGCGUCGAAUGGCUUACAACCAUCAGGCAGCUCAGUGUCUAAUGUUCCUCAGCCACUUCAUUGCGAACCGCCGAAUAAAGUACAAAAAUCGGGGUGCCUGUUGUUCAAUGAGUUACAACAUUUGAAUUGCAAACUUUCUACCGUACCACAACGAUCCUCGGUGGAUCCUUCAGUUGACUCGGGAAUCGCCGAUUCUGAGUGUGCUCCAUGCGUUAUUCGCAAUAACGUUCAUAAUGAUUUUAUUCGUCCUGAUGAGAUCGGCACUGGCUUUCCGCGAGAUGGCAAUGAGACAAAUGCGCAAGACCAUAACAUUCAACGCCAAUUUCGACAGUUGAAAAAUCAACAUCAGGAAGUAAUAUCACUGCAACAAUCACGAGGUCAUCAAAGUCAAGUUCAACAACGAAGGCUAAAAAUUCAACUUCGCAAUCCAAUACAACGUGAGCAGAUUCAAUUGGACCCGGCUGGUCCAUGCCAAACGAAGGCGUCGAGAGCGCCUGGUGAUGUUUAUUUUGACGACGGAUCAGCUGAAAUUGAAGAAUUUCCUUUCCCAGAACUUGGUGAGCCCAUUUUUCAGUGGCCGAAUUUUUGCCUUAGAGAGCUGGUUUACGACCAGGAAUCGACGCCAAGCGAGUGUGAAGUUCAUGAUGAAAUAGUCGCCGACUUUGCUACUGUUAAAAAUUGGCUCGAAAAUCCCCUGAACAAUGCAUCGGCUCGCCCAACGCUUGAAGAGCCCGCCGGACAAGAUGGUCAUGACGGCCGAUUUUACAUGUGUGUUCAAAACGAUUUUCCUCACGAUGACGCAGAAAUUAUUGAUGGCUGGGUAGAAGAUUCCGUAAACGAGUUAGAGAGACAAGUUCUCAAUGGACCUCUUGAUGAGGAAUAUUGUGAAGGCCAUUUCUCCCCGUCUGUUCAGAACAUGCUCGACACGCAACACAAUGAAGAAGGAAGCCCCACUUCAAAAGUUUUUGGCGCGAACAACGCUCGUGUUUCCAAGUCUCUCGAGUUUGAUGAAACCAGCAGCUCAGGUAUCAGAGAAUUGCGUGGUACGAUCAGAGAGAAGACGGGCGAUGAAGAGUCACGCGCUCAUUUUCGUCUGCGAAACUCGAAAGGCUGCGAUAUCUCUGCUAUGAGCAAUGAUGCUGAAGAGCCAGAUAAUUCUUUGAAAAAUUGUAUCGAUGACAAUAUCUCUUCAAGUAAUGAUCCUAGAGUUUUAUAUGCAUCAUCUUCUCAGGUUGGAAACAUUGAAUUGGUUAUCGAAAUUGAGCCUGAAGGUGAUGAAUUCUGCGAAAAGUUCAAACACAAUGAACUGAAUAGUGAAGAAUUCAGUGACUCCAUUCCCAAUGUCGCUGGCAUUGCGAAAGCCGAUGAUCAUCUGAGUCAUGUUCAAAAUGGAUCUACGCAAAAAAUCGGCGCAGAAAUUCACGAAUUUUGUGACGCUUCAGAUUCAUUGAACGCUGUGGCUGUACAAUCACAAUCACCAUCACUGAUCCAAAACGGACGCUUCGCUAUUUCCCCUACUGAGGACCAGGCUAUUUGUGGGGACUUGGGUUGCCCUCUUGUAGGAUACGUCGAAGAGGAACAAGCAUCAUUCACUAUUACAUGCAAUGCUGAAGACCAUGGAGUUGAAGACGAACUUCCUUCUGUUGUAGCACCCAUUGCACAAUCUUUACCAAAAGUAUCUUUCGGUUUGGGCGCUGAGGUUCACCCUGUUACCAAUACUAUAGGAGCCUCGUCAAGUUCAGUGAUUUAUACAACACAAUGCGGGGAUGCUGUAAAUGAGGUAGAAACUAUCGAUGAUGCCGUGGUCCUCCUGCACUCGCCAAGGACUGAUAUUCUCAACAACCAGGUUCCACCAGGUAUUCGCGCUAACAAUUAUUGGGACAACUUCCGCAGCAACACACAUCAAAAUUUACUGUCACACGCAGCACAACGUAAAGCUGAUCCGAAUAUCGCUUAUCGAGUAGUCGGCACUUCCAGAAACCAUAACUUUUCCACCCACGGUUCAGAUGCACAAAGUUUGAACUGUGAUUCGUGUCGUGGAUAUCAACCUUUAUUUUGCAGCAAUGCACGCACAAAAACAUGUGAGUGCACUUCAUCCUUGCAAAAGAUGGAGCUUGCUGCAACGGGUGCCACUCCGAAGUCUAACUCGAAUUCUUUCCACGUUCGCUGUGAUAACAAUUGCCACCAUCGGGUCCUAUCGGACGUCAUGCCAGCUUCUUUAUCUGAGAAUGACGUAUCGUCUUUUCCGGUAUACGAAGAUCUCGGUAUACGAAGUACCGGUAUACGAAGAUCUUUACACAAUUGCAGUCGAUCAUCUCUUCCAGAUCGCACAAAGUCAUAUGUUCCAAAUUACUUUCGAUCAUCAGCUACGGUUCGCGGCCAACAUUCCAUCACGAACGAAAGUUUAUAUCCACUCUCUCUUUGCACGCGAUGUUCACCUUCAGAUCGAUUUAAGCCUCCUGCUCCGGUGAACAGUGACGCUUGUGUUGACGGUCACUCUUUUCAAGAAUUUAAUGCAAUUUUGAACCCUGAUUGCAACGAGUCUUUGACUCCUAUUCGCGAUCAGCCUUUGUAUUUCAAGUGUAGUGAAUUAGCUGGUGCAAACGAUGGACCAUCUAUUGCCGAACGCAGUGGAUCAUCAGGCACAAAAUGCAGGGGUGUAUCGGUAUCAUGCGCUUCAAUUUUGAAAAAACCAUCAGAGUUGAAGAACAAUGAUUUGCAUGCCUCGAUUUACACUAGACCACUGGCGCCUGACUACAGUAGAGCUUCUGCCCUAAACUGCAGCAAAUAUUGUACCUCAGAUUGUGAUGCCUCGAACGUACGACCUCCGCCCACGGCAUCGAAUAAUGAACUAUACUCGAACUCAACCGCUGGUAGAAAGGGAAUCCUUUCUGCGCAACUGCCGAGGACGAACGGCUCUCAUGAACAAGAAGCGAUCCUAGUUCCAAAUGCAAAAUUCGUUUUGCGUUCUUUGCAUGAUCCUGAAUCCCAAACAGAAAACAGCCGACCUCAUAACUUUUGCAAAAAUAAUUCUGACUUGUAUUCAUCGAAACCCGUUAGUCAAUGCACGAAUAGGGACCAUUUUCACAAUGAUCAUCAGGAUUUACCCGUGACGAGCAUUGAAAUGAAACCGUCGUAUCUAGAAUUCCCGCCCUCUGAUACGAACUUCCCUCCCUCUAACGUGAACUUCCCUCCCUCUAACGCAAACUUCCCUCCCUACAAUGGGAGUUUCCCUCCACCUAACGCGACCUUCCCUUCCUCUUCUGCGAACUUCCCUCCCACUGAGGCAAAUUUUCCUCCCUCUAACGUGAACUUCCCUCCGUCUAACUCGAACUUCCCUCACUCUAAUGCCAACUUCCCUCACCCUAACGCCAACUUUCCUCACUCUAACGCCAACUUCCCUCACUCUAACGCCAACUUCCCUCACUCUAACGCCAACUUUCCUCGCUCUAACGUGAACCACCUUCCCUCUGACUCAAAAGUCCCUCGCUCAAACGAAGACCUCCCUCAAUCUAAAACGAACUUACUUGCUCACAAUGUGAAUACGCUUAAUUCUAAUUUGACUUUUCCUCCGUCCCAUUGGAGCUUCCCUCCGUCCGAAUUGAGCUUUCCUCCCUCUAAUGCAAGCUUUCCUCCCUCUAAUGCAAACUUUCCUCCCUCUUAUGCAAGCUUUCCUCCCUCUAAUGCAAGCUUUCCUCCCUCUAAUGCAAACUUUCCUCCCUCUAAUGCAAACUUUCCUCCCUCUAAUGCAAACUUUCCUCCCUCUAAUAACCGAGUGUCAUCCGUCAAGAACCGAGUGCCAUCCGUCAAGAACCGAGUGUCAUCCGUCAAGAACCGAGUGCCAUCCGUCAAGAACCGAGUGUCACCCGUCAAGAACCGAGUGCCAUCCGUCAAGAACCGAAUCCACUACUGGCUGCCGCCUCAACGCCAAUAG